UUUGUAUAUGGCGGCCGAUGACGUCACGACCGCCGACCAAUCACAACGCGGAAAUCAUCUUGUGUAUUGAAGGCUUGUGUUAUGGCCGCCAAAAAGUUCUCUUACUGAAAGUGACUCUUCUUGAUGUGUUGCAAUUUCUAGGAAAUCUUGGCCUGAAAGAUCUGAACACAAUGGACGAAUCCCAGCCUGAAAACAUGGAAGUAGACCCCUCUGAAGAAAAUAACAUUACCAGUAAGAGUGCUAGUAGUGGUGACAGUGAUAAAAAGGGAUCAAAGAACACAAACAACGAAUCAAAUAAUGUGGAUAUGGAAACAGAUGCUGUAAAUAAUACAAGUGAUGUGGAAAACUGUGAGCAAUCCAGUCAAAGUGUUAAAACCAGUGAGAGUGAAAAAGAAAUCAAUCACGAAGUAAACGAUAGCAAUUGUCAUUCAAGUCAGGAGAAAAGUAAGGAAGAUUCCAAUGACAAAGAAGGUAGUAAAAAUGGCCACAGUAACUCGCCUUCUGCAGACUCUUCAGGUAGCCCAGUACAGAGAAAAGAAAGUUCUCCAAAUAGGACGGAAGAUCAUGAAAAUGGGGGAGAGAAAAGUGACGCUACGAGAGAUGAUGAAACGCCAGUGGAUUGUGAAGAUUCUCAGCCUUCUGGUACUAAAGAAAACAGCUCUGGUGACAAAGCUGAAUCAGACAAAACUGGUUCAGAUUUGCCUGAAGAAGAAGAGGAGGAGGAGGCAUCUAGUGAUAAGAAAGAUGAAGCAGCUGGUAGCGAUGGAGUUGAAAAGACGGAAAAAGAGGGAGCGAGUGACAUUGAAGAGAUACCUGUUUAUAAGAAGCCUGCAGAACUUAUUGACCUUGAAGAUGACGAUGGUAAAAACUCAAAAAAAGCGUUGGCAGAAAAAGAGGAUGGAGAAGAUGAAAGCAAUACUGAAGAUGGCACAAAAGACACAGCAGCAGAUGAUAACAUGAAAGACACCAACACUGAGGAUAAUUCAAAGGAUAUUGCUGCUGAAGACAGCUCAAAAGAUAGCACAGGUGAAAGCAACUCGAAAGGUUUGAAAUUAAGAUCUCUAGCUUCCUUAGUUGACACAUCUGAAAAUGAUUCUACAGAAAUAGGGAAAAGUGAUGCAAACCCCUUGAAGAGCGGUUCCCUUGUGCCUAAUCCAGAAGCUUUUGGUGCCAUAGGGGAGAUUGUUGAACACAAAGAUAUGUUUUUCGACCCAGAUGCCGGAGGAUUACCUUUACGUAUCUCCAAUGUUGUGGGAGGUGAGGAUUGCAUCACAGGCCUUGCAAUGGAUGAUGAUAGAGAUAUGUUUUCUAGUAUUCAGAUUGCAUCGGUAACGACGCUGAUUGAUCCUAUUAGUCCUGAGGAUCCAAAUAAAGAAAAUGCAGAUGCAAAUGAAGAUGCAGACAUGGAUAAAUCUGAAAAUGCUAACUUAGAAUCUUCAGAAGAAUCUGGUAUCAAAAUUGUCAGUGCUGAAAGUUUGGCUUCCAAAGAAGAAGAUAAUGAGAAAGUUAAUGAUUCUUCGGGUCCUAAACUCCGUAUUAGCAGUGCUGUUUCAGAGAUAGCAAAAGAUACAGGUGUUAAAGAGUCGUCUGCUCAAGCGAUUGUGUACCAUAUUCUUCGCAGUAUUCUUACCAUGCCAAGGAUUUGCAUACAGUGUGGGAAGAAAGUAAAAUGUGACUUCCGUAUUACUAAAAAGGGAGAGCAUGGUACUUUCUCCUUCCUCUGUAGCAGUGAUUGUCGUAAUAAUUUCGUGAACAACCUCAAACCCACUGAGUGUGUUGAGAAACCACGGCUCAUCUUUGAGAAACUUUGUGGCAUGUGUCAUAAGGAUCUGACUACACAACCGAGAAGUGGACAGUUUUCUUGGGAAACUAGAGAAUUCUGCUCAGAAGACUGCUUAACAUCUCAUCUUGAAGAGGUUGCAAGCACGUGCCACAUGUGUAAUCAGGCUGUACGGCCAGUGUACAUUGGUAAAUACUGCGUACGGUUUGGUUCUGAUAUCCAUCAGUUUUGCUCAAACCAUUGCCUGGAGCGUUAUAAAACAAAGAUUAAAGUAUGUUGCUACUGCCAGAAAAAUGUCGAAAAUGUUAAUAAAGUGACAUCUCCAGCUAAUAAGGAAUAUUGUAGUAUCAAGUGUUUAAAACGUGCGCAGCGCAGAGAUAUAGGUCAACAAAAUUAUAGUGAGACUCGAUCCUGUACUGUAUGUCAGGCUCAAGGUUCAAACCGCUACGAAUUUCUUCUGAAUGGCGAGUCUCAGCAGCUCUGUUCAGAUCCCUGUCUCAAUGUAUUUAAAUAUGUCAACAAAGUUAAAGCAGUCACAUGCUGCCUAUGCUUCCGAGUUAUGAACGCAGAAGAUGUAAGCCAGUACCUUUAUCAUGGGGGUCACCAACUAAGAGUUUUCUGCUCUGAUUCUUGUGUAAAUGUUUUUGUAUUAUCUGCUCGUAAAAUUGUCAUCUGUGACACCUGUAAGGUAAAAAAAUACAACUUCGAUAUGAUUCAUCGACAAGUAGAUGAAGAAUUCAGGGAGUUUUACUAUUGCUCCUUACAUUGUCUGAAAACAAGGGACAUGGGUGCUACUUCUGCUGAUAAAACGGCUAACUCUAGCACAUCGUCUGGCGCAGUUGCUUCAGGUAACAUUUCCUCAUCUACUGAGGCCCCUAUUGCAGUUUGCAGUAUGUGUAAUACUGUGGCAAAAGCACAGUUUCAUAUGGUGAUGUCCGACAGCACGUUAAGAAGUUUUUGCCGUUACAAUUGUGCAUCGAGAUACAAGUCUACGUUUGGCUUUUUGGUAGAAGCAGCAGCUCAGCCAAAGGAUGCAUCAUCGCAAGCAAAAAAUGCAGCAGUUUCAACACUUAGACCAAAACCUACUUCACAGCUAACCUCAAAUUCAACUUCACCUAGUACAAAUUCAUCCAGUAAAGCAGCUACACCAGCACUCUCUCAAGAAACACUGCAGGCUACUACAGAACUGCUAAAGAUGCUCGUGCCACCAACUGUUGUAAACAAAACUACUAUGUGUAAACCUUCCACUUGUACAAAGGGGGUAUACUGCAAACCACAUCCAUGGCAUAGACAUACUCAGACAGACUUGGCUGGCAUUGAUAGCAACAUGUCCGACAAAGAGUACCCACCUAUCCUGCCGGUACCAAUUCCCUGUUAUGUACCUGCACCUAUGUGCAUGUAUAACGUUCCAUGUCCGGUUCCUAUCUUUGUUCCAAUACCUCUUCCUGUUCCUGUGUUUUUACCCACAUCAGCAAAAACAUCAAAGGACGUUGUAGCACUUAUGAAGAAAAUUCAAGAUGAGAUACCAACUGACCCAAUCCAAGCAGAAAUGUUACUUCUAGCCCGCCAAACAAUUGAACAAGAACAAGAGGAGGCCCGGUCCGAAGAUGCUGCAGAACAGGCAGAAGAGCCUGCAAGUCCUGUUGAUAACUUCACGACAUACUCUGGUGAUGAUGAGGCAGGUAAUGAUGAAGCUGUUAAUGAUGAGUUGAACUCUGCUGAUGAAGCUUGUCUCAACACAAUGGAAGAAGACUUACCAAGAUACCCCCUUCGAGACACAGAAAUGACUUCUAAUUAUAGUGAAACUGAAACUCACAAUGAAAACAAGGGCAAGAGAAAAAAGAGAGAAGAGGGAGACCGAGAAAAAAGACUCAGACGUGAUAGUGAUGAAUCUCAGUCCCUUUCUGAUGCUGAAGAUGUGGAUGAUCCAGAUUUCUUCCCUGAACCUGAAACUGUAUUAGAGGAAGAGUUCCAAGGACCUUUCCUCAAUGUAAGCAUUAACCCUUUAACGCUGAUUGGACGUAUUAAACGUCGAUAUACGUAA